GCGUGUUUUUUUCGCUGGGGCUUUUCUUAGAGACGGACUGACGGCGAUGUUUUCAAAAGCAGCACUGAGAGACGUCACGCAGCCGUAGGGUUAAUGUUCAGUUUUUACCCUCCGAUACACACCUUUCUUUUCUUUAAAAUCGUCGAGCUUUCGUUCUCUGCUCGCGGGUGAAUGACGAAGAGGAAGACGGAGACCGCCGCGACGGCCCAUGAUGAGAUCUGUAAGCCGUAGCUGCCACAGCUAGUCAGAAGAUGCACCAUGGCCAAACCGGGAUCCGACCGAGAUGAAGCCAUGGUGGAGAAGACAGCGGGGAAGAAGAGUAAAGAGAAAAUCUCUCCGUUUGCUAAAACUCCGAAGCUGGAUCGGAGUGAACUCUUGGGGAAAGAGGGGAAGUCGAAAUCCUCCAUGAAGCGGAAACUCUCCUUCACUGUCAGUCCAUCCCGAAACGAGGAGCGCGACUCGGAUGCAGAUGACUCUGACCCGGGGCAGUCGAGCGAUGCGUGGGGAGAGAGAUUACUUCCUCCCUGCAGGAUAUACGCAGACAAAGAUGGACCGGAUAAGAAGAAGGUUAAGAAGGAGUCGGGGGGUAAGAAGUCGACACCAGUGAAUAUUUUGUUCGGGUACCCUUUAUCAGAACGAAAGCAGAUGGCACUUGUCAUGCAGAUGACGGCGAGAGACAACAGUCCAGAUACCACACCGAACCACCCGUCUCAAUCUCCGGCGGUGCAGAAGAAGAUCGCCAGCAGCUCAACCUCACGACAAAAAGACAAAGUGAACAAACGCAACGAGAGAGGAGAGACGCCUCUGCAUAUGGCCGCCAUCAGAGGAGACGUCAAACAAGUGAAGGAGCUCAUCGGCCUCGGAGCGGAUGUAAACGUCAAAGACUUUGCAGGUUGGACGCCUCUCCAUGAAGCCUGCAACCUUGGUUACUAUGAUGUAGCCAAGGUUUUGAUUGGUGCAGGAGCGGAAGUGAACACGCAGGGAUUGGACGAUGACACGCCGCUUCAUGACGCCUCAAGCAGUGGACACAAAGACAUUGUGAAGCUGCUCUUGCGUCAUGGAGGCAAUGCUUUCCAAGCCAACAAGAGAGGGGAGAGACCGGUUGAUGUUGCUGACUCUCAGGAGCUGGAGCAGCUACUCAAGGGAGAAAUCCCACUGUCAGAACCAGAAGACAGCUCUUCAGAAUCAGAGGACCCAUCUUCAGUGAAUCCAUCCAGUGUAGACGAGAACCUGGAGUUUUCUGAUGCUGAAAAAGACUCUGACUGUAAAUCGACAACUGUCAAAGCCUCAUCGUCCAUGUCAGGGCUGGAUGAAUAUGAGUUUAAAGAUGAGGAAGAGGAAGAGGACCUCAGUAAGUCACUUAAUGAGCGACACCUCUUUAGGCGAGAGCUACGGCAAAAGGAGAAGGAGGAAAAGGACAGAAACCACUAUGCUUCAAAACAAGGUAGCAAAAGCGACCAGUCCAUGCUGGCUUGCAAGUCUAAAAAAACAAAGGCGUCCCGUGUCUACUGCAGUUCAGACAGUUCAAGCGAUGAAGCAGAGGUGCAGACGGAAAGAAGGAGCUCACCUACUAGGUCAGUCAGUGUGGAUGGACAUAAAACGGACAGUAGAUCGAAAAAAGAAAGCUUGACUCUAACGCCAGUGGAGCAGAAAGAAAAAGGUAAACAGAAGAAAAAGAACAAGAGCCAAAGCAAAAACAAAGAAAACCAGGAAGUCAGAGAAGAAGGGAAAGAGAACAGCAAAUCCCUUCUGUUUUCCUCUCCGACUGUGUCCGAUAAUUCUGACAAGGGCGUCAGAGAAGAGGACUCUUUCAAAAUGUCAUUCAGUGCAAAGGAUGACACAUCGGUUCACCUAUUUCACCUGUCUGUAGUCAAAUCCCCAAAGCUGAACCACAGCCAAACUGACAAGCAGGCAACCCCGCUGAAACAGGAAAACGCUAAGACAUGUGUUUCAAUCGCUGAUGGAUCUUGCCCUGGGGACGGCAUCAAAUAUAACCACUACACAGACUCUGACUAUUGCACAGAAGAUUCUAGCAGUAAAAGCUGCAAACAUAAGGAAAAGAGCAAGCACCAUCACAAGGAGCCUAACUUGGAAGGAGAUGACGGCAGUUCGAGUCCUUUCAAAGACAGCAGUUUAAGCAACAGUAUAGACAGCUCUGAGGGUGCGUUUAGGAAGACUGACAAAGAUGGGAAAGUUGUAAAAAAGCACAAGCUAAAACACAAGGAGAAGGAAAAGGAGAAAUAUAGGAAAGAGUACGAGGCAGAGAGGAAUCGCCACCGGCAGAAAGAGCCACGCAAGGACGGACAUAGAAACCUCGAGUUUGAUCGAGAGUUCUGGAAGGAGAACUUCUUCAAAAGUGAUGAAAAUGAGGAACCUGUGGGCAAAGGUGAGAUACCUGCUGGUGGAUCUCCAGUAAAAUCCUCAGAUUCGUCACCUGUUAAAGAGGAAAAAGGGGCAUCAAAAGACAAACAUUCAACUAGUAGCAGUAACAAGGACAGGAGGCCAAAAGAGGAAAGAGAUAAAACCAUUAAAAAGGAGAAAAAAGAGAUUCCUCUUAAAGAGGAGCGAGGAAAAGAAGAUGAAACAGAUGAGCGGACUGAUGGUACUUUCUCUGUACGAAUUCCUGAUGGCUCACAACACUUGUCAGAAGAAGUGGAUGAGAAACCAGCAACUUGUAAUUCGGCUGACCAAGAGCAACUGGAGUCUCCAGAGAAGAACUCUCGAGAAAAAACUGAUAAGCGACCACCAACAAAGGAUCGGGAAUCUGAGAAGUCUGAUAAGAGACACUCGGAUAAAGAUAAGAAGGUAAAAUCUGAGCAUUUAGCUGACAAGCCUGAGCUCCACAACUCUACAGAUCGAUGGAAGGAAAAGGAGAAAUUAACAAAUGUUUCAUAUUCGCCCAAUGAUAAGAGCCAUAAAGAGGGUGAAAAACUCAAACCAAUGACUCCAGUGAAAAAGCAUGAGGAGAACAAGAAGAAUAAGGACAAGCUUGAUAAAAAAGCGGAGAAAGAGCACGCUUCUGGUGACCACAGAGACAAAGAUAAAACAACUUCUGAAAAGAAAGGAAAAGCUCCUGAGAAAACUGCUGAUCAUGGAAAAUCUGACCGCAGUAAAGACAAAGAACGGGACAAAGAUUCUGACAAGAGGAAAAAAGAUAAAUCAACCACUCCAUCUUCCUCUUCCUACUCGAAUCUAAAGUCGUUAUUGGAAGAAAAGAAAGGCUAUGUUUGUGAGAAUAAUAAGGUUGUCUCAUCUAAAUCAAAGGAAGAGGUAACCAAGCCUUCAGAGAAAGACCGAGAUCGAAGAGAGAGGGACCGGGAGUCUGAAAGACAUCGAGAUCGGGAACGAGAUCGGCACAAGGAAAAGGACAAAGAUCGAUCCCAGUUUAACAGGGAUGGCAAAAUUAACAAACCGAAACCAAGUGAAGUGGACUCCAAAUCUAAGGUUACACCUAUUCUAAAGGAUACUCGUCCCAAAGAAAAGAGGCUGGUGAAUGAUGACCUCAUGAAGACCAGCUUUGAACGCAUGCUCAGUCUCAAAGAUCAGGAAAUCGAACAGUGGCACAAAAAGCACUUGGAGAAAAUCAAGCAGAAGGAACGGGAGCGGCUAAAACAGCGUCCUGGAAUUGACCCUGCGAAACAACAAAAAAACAAGGAAAAAAUUAAAUCAUCCUCUACGUCCACUGAGCCAUGUCUAACCAAGGAACUAACUCGGUCAAAGAGCUCAGAAGCGCCAGAUGGACAACGUGAAAAGAUCUUAAAGGACGCCACUAGUGUGAGAACUCUCUCGCUAGAUGCAAAAACCUUGGGGAAGAACGGUCCUAUAAUUGAAAACAAUCUAAGUCGAUCUCCGAGACCAGAAAGUGAAAAAUCUGGUCUUAUGUCAAGAUCAAUAUCAAUGAUCUCUGUGGCAAGUUCAGAAGACUCCUGCCAGGCAACUAUUUUGACACCUAGACCAACUGACCAAUAUGAUUCUGACAUGAACGUGGAAGCCUUAGAUUCGCAGCCACCUUUACUUCAGUCUUCCCUUGUUGCACAGUCCUCCAGGUCGCCUAGUGUUCAUGAUAAAGAUAUUAGCAGUCUUCCCGAAUCAUCGGCUCUCUGCAAUCGCACACCAUUGGCAAGCAGGCAUGCAUCACCAUGCUUAAGGGCUAUUCUGGAUGAAGAAGCCAAGGUACCAACAACUGAAACAAAACCCACAGAAGAGUCUCCGGUAAUCAGUAUUGCAUCACAACCAACCAGCGAGCAAUCUCAAGUUCAUCUAACUGAGAUUAGUGUCCCCCCUGUUCAGGAGACUCGGAGCAGUCAAAGUCUUACAAACUCUUUUCCAGAAAAUGAAAUUCUGUCUAGUAAUGAAGCCGAAGUCGUCAGUUCCACAUGUCAAGUACAACCUUCGCAGGCUAGUGCUAAAGACAGUGUAACACAAGCAAACAGUGUGUUUCCGAGCCAUUUGGAAGAGCAGAACAAGUUUUGCACCACUAGUAGUCAAAUAGAGCAUGCAAGUCUAGGUCAGCUUGAUGUCCCUGGUGCAGAGGGAGUAAAAAAGGAGGCUUCACUUGCUGUUGCAUCAUUACAGUCAUCUCAUACAUCAACUUCAUCAUCAGAUUCCAAUGCACAUUUGCCUUCGAGUAGUCAGCAUUGUGAGAUUAGCUCUGCUUCCAGUGGUGAACAGACAAUGACAACAGACUCUAGUUUGAGAACAGAGCAAAGAGACAAACCAUUGGUUGCUUCAGAGGACAAGAUUGGGGAACAUGUCACUAAAACUGAUUGCGCGAGCACUCCAAGUCCAUCUACAGCAUCCUGUAGAUCCAGCUCUGAGGAAUCUACUAAACCACUGCUGAAGGCGACCAGUGUUCAGGAAGAUACUGAAAAGGGCAAUGAACAAGUGCAAGAAGAAAGUAUCUCAAGGUUCUCCAAUGACCCAUUGGUUGCAGUUGAUGCUCAACCAGAGAAAGAAGAGCAAGGCCUACAUUUGGCUUCGGUGACAAAUGUUUCUUGCUGUGCCAGUCCAGAAAGAAUCCCAGAGGAGCCCAUGGAGGUUCCAGAGGAAGUUUCGGAUAAGAGCCGAAUCACAGAAAUUGAUGAGGCCAAAGUCUUGUCUUCAGAAGAAGGUGCAGUGACUUCAUCUGAAAGUAAGGCUGACUCAGAAACGCCAGACCCGUUUUCUCUUGACGAGAAGCCUUUGAAAUCGGACAUUCUGGCUAAUGUAGAACAGGCUCAAAGCAGUGCUCCCAUCCACCCUGAUCAUCAGGCAGAGCCAACCAGUGGAGAGACCUCUGGAAGUUCCUCUCCGAUAUCAGUCAUGGACAGAGAUUCAGAUAUAUCUGGGGCCAGAGCCAAAGUCAGACUCCUUGAAGAAGAAGCUGACAUUCAAGCGACCCAUCCAAGAAAACGAAAAAUGCCUAGAGCUUCUCCGCUAGCCCAAGCAAAUCUUACAGCUCAGCAGGUCAGAGAAAAGACACAGCAGUCCCUCGCUGCGAUUGUAGAUGCACUGAAGCUUGAGGAGAUUCAGCCUUACCAGACAGAGAGAGCCAACCCAUAUUAUGAGUACUUGCACAUUCGCAAAAAGAUCGAAGAGAAGAGGAAAGUCCUUUGUAGUGUCAUUCCUCAAGCGCCUCAGUACUACGACGAGUAUGUGACAUUCAAUGGGUCCUAUCUGCUGGAUGGAAACCCUCUCAGCAAACUCUGCAUCCCAACAAUAACGCCUCCACCCUCUUUACCUGAACCACUGAAGGAGAUGUUCAAACAGCAAGAGAUGGUGCGGAUGAAGCUGAGACUGCAGCACAGCAUCGAAAGGGAAAAACUGAUUGUAUCCAAUGAGCAGGAGGUUUUGAGAGUUCAUUACCGCGCUGCGAGAACACUAGCCAAUCAGACGCUUCCGUUCAGUGCCUGCACAGUCCUAUUGGAUGCCGAAGUAUACAACAUGCCCCAAGAAGUCCAGGGUGAUGAUGGGAAGACUUCUGUUCGAGAUCGAUUCAAUGCGAGGCAGUUCAUGUCUUGGCUUCAGGAUGUAGACGACAAGUUUGACAAGUUGAAGACGUGUCUCCUGAUGCGGCAGCAGCAUGAAGCGGCAGCGUUAAACGCAGUCCAGCGUCUGGAGUGGCAGCUAAAGCUACAGGAACUGGAUCCCGCCACUUACAAGUCCACCAGCAUUUUCGAGAUUCCCGAAUUCUACAUCCCGCUCGUGGAGGUCAACGACGACUUCGACCUGACGCCGAUAUGACCUGCUGAAGAGGCGAACGCAUUUUCAAAGCUAUCGGACCACGUCAAGAGAUGAGUGUAGGGUGAAACACGAAGCACUUGAUUUUGGGGGUGUGCGUGCGCAUGUAUGUUGUUUGUGUGUGUGUGUGUGUGUGUGUGUGUGUGUGUGUGUGUGUGUGUGUGUGUCACAGAUGCUCCAGAUUUAUAAUAAAAUAGAUAAGGAAAAAAAAAAGCGCUGCACUUCCAGGCUAUCGGUUCAGUCUGUGUUGGUAGUUCUGGUUCGACCACAUGCACUUCACCGUAUGGGCGCCAGAUUGGUUCCUACAGACUGCAGGCCGAAACUAAAACGCACUUAACCCUGAGGUCCACGGGUCGAGGAAGAAAAAAAAAAAGAAAACAGCCUCCAGAGGGUAAAGACCACCAUGGAGAAAGGCGAGCGAUCUGAAUCGGAGAUGUUUCUACAGUGAGUGUUGAUAGAUGUGUAUAGUUUGUGCUCCUCAUUUUUUAACUUAUUUUAUACAUACUGAUUGUGCAUUUGUAAAUAGCCAUGUAAUUAUUGUUUUUAACUUGUAAAAAACACACACAAAAAACAAGGAAAGAAAACUGAGAGGACGGAAGAGUUAAAGUAAUAAAUAUUUUGAUUGUAAACUUUGUUUCGUCUAAUGUUUAAUGGACCAAAGUUGUUUUUACAUUGAAGUUCUCCGUCGUUGCUGUUGUUGUUGAUGUUGGCUUAACUCUUUAAGCAUGUGUUUUGGAAGACUUCUGUUCUGUUUUCUUCUGUUCUUCUUUCGUUCGUUUUUUUAACUCCUCUUUUAUCGCCCCUUCAUCAGAGCCGAUGUUUUCUGACUUGUGAUUUCUAUAACGUGCAUGCUUUCGCAGGUUCGUCCCUUUCUGAAAAGUUGUACCGUGGUGAGGUUUUACUGAAGUGGUCCUGGUUCCUUUUUCUGCCAUUGUCGUGUCUGUUAGUAACAUCCACUUCUCUGCGUGUCGUCUCUUGUGUCUUGCGCACAUUUAAAUAGAAAAAAACAGAGAAAAGAAAAGACAAAAAAAGAGGAAAAGUUUGUUGUGGUUUCUCCAUAGGAAAAGCGAAGCUCUCUUACUUUUACAGUUUUAAAUGUGAGAUCACAACAAAAGCUAUUUUUUACAACGUAAUGCCUUUUGAACGAUGGUUCUAAAAAUAUGUCUAUUUUAAUAUUUACUUGUUACAUGAGGAUGUACAUAUUUGUAAUAUAUAAUUGAAUAAAUUUUAUUGGUUGUGAAAUCAAAA